UAUGGAUUUGUUUGCUGUAAAAUCCUGGAUGGUGAAGCAAAUCACACAGCGAAAUCGCCAUCUGUUUCGUACUAUGCAUCAAAUGUGCUCAAGAUAGAGGCAGCAGAAUCAUUAUUUAUCCUGCUCUGGUGACACCAGCCGGAUCUGAUCCCCUCAGUGCGUAAAUGUAAAAAGAGAAAGCCAAAGCCCGGAAAUGAGAAAGGAAAGGACUGGUAUGGCAUAUGGGAACUGCAAUGAAAGACGAUGCAUCCAGACCUGCUUUAAUUGAUCGGAUCGCUUCUUUUGGACGAUGGUGAAUGUAAAGCCUUCAGGCUGACAGUAUUCUUCAGGACUGAAAUCAUCCUGCUUCAGUUCAAGCUCUGCGUCUCUCGAUUAUGCUGCACUGAAUGGGGAAUGUACACCACCCUUCGUACUCUGGAAGUGACUGCUAACCACUAACAGUGCGGACUGUUCCAGCUGCAUCACGCGACCAGCAGCAUCAGGACCUGAUUAGAGAAAACAAAAACAAAACGCGUUUUCCCCGUACGCCAGCCGUAGUAAAUUUGUCCCUGGCGGGCCGCCGUUGACAUGGGAGAAAACAUGUCGAAGAGACUGAAGUUGGCCACAGGCGGAGAGUCAGAGAUGGAGGAGCGCAGUUUUAUCAACCCUUUCUCAGAUUGGGAUCAGGGAUUACUUGUGUCGUCAAAUUCAGAAGCUGACAGUAACAGCAACGACACCUUUGAUGCGAAUGGAAAGAUCAGUGAUGCCUUUCAGAAGAAAGUGCAGAAUAAGAUUAAAGAUCUUCUACAGCAAAUGGAGGAGGGUUUGAAGACUGCAGAUCCACAUGAUUUUUCCACCUAUACAGGCUGGACAGGCAUAGCCCUUCUCUACCUGCAGCUUUAUCGGGUCACCCAGGAGGCCUCACAUCUGCAGCGCGCUCUGGAUUAUGUCAAACGUACACUGCGGAACCUGAACGGCCGGCGUGUUACCUUCUUGUGCGGAGAUGCGGGGCCUCUUGCUGUAGGUGCCGUUGUCCACCACCACUUAAAAAACCAGACUGAGUCCCAGGAGUGCCUCACUAAAUUGCUUCAGCUCCAGCGUUCAGUCCUCAGUCUUGACUCUGACAUUCCUGACGAGCUUCUGUAUGGGCGGGCCGGUUACCUCUUUGCCCUACUGUACGUGAAUAAAGAAAUCGGGCCUGAUACUGUGGACGAGACUACCAUUGCCGAGGUGGUGAAUGUUAUUUUGGAGUCGGGGAAAAACUUGUCUAAAGAGGAAAAGAAAACGGAGCGAUGCCCACUGCUCUACGAGUGGCAUAAGAAACAGUAUGUAGGUGCAGCCCAUGGUCUGGCAGGCAUCUACUACAUACUCAUGCAGCCAAGUGCUAAAGUAAAUCAAGAUGUUUUGAAUGAGCUGGUUCGGCCCAGUGUAGAUUACGUGCGACACAAGAAGUUCCGCUCUGGCAAUUACCCAUCAUCCCUGAGCAACGAGACCGACAGACUGGUACACUGGUGUCAUGGAGCACCUGGGGUGGUGCAUAUGCUCAUCAUGGCUCAUACAGUCUUCAAGGAUGACAAGUACCUGAAAGACGCUGUUGAAUGUGGAGAGGUGAUCUGGCAGAGAGGUUUACUAAGGAAAGGGUACGGCAUCUGCCACGGCACUGCUGGGAACGGAUAUGCCUUUCUCUCCCUCUACCACAUCACACGCGAUAAGAAAUAUCUCUAUCGUGCCUGCAAGUUUGCUGAAUGGUGUUUGGACUAUGGAACCCAUGGCUGCCGUAUUCCUGAUCGGCCCUACUCUCUUUUUGAAGUAGAUAGGAGCUGCACUGGCAUGACUGGAAUCCUCCCAAGAGCGUUCCAACAAUGGCCGACAGUGGACUCACUUGCUAGAAAGACUCUGGGUCUCAUUCAUAAAAAUUACAUAAAUACAUGAAAGAAUUGAGAUUCAUUUCUACUUAAAAUGGAGCUUCCUAAAAAAAUAUCCUCCGGAUUCACAAACACUUCGUAUUCCCAUGAUUUGUUAGUACAUCUUGUGCAUGUUAGUGAAUUCCAAACACUCGUAAAUAGAGCGCGAGUGCACGUUAAUUAUCAAUGACCAUAAUCCACACCCAUGAAACAGCAUAUAAGGAAGGCUUGUAUAGUAAAUGAGAAUAGGGUGUAUACGCGAACAGUAAUACAUUUUUUGUUUCUUUAAUGGAGUGCAUUCACAUCAUAAAAUAUUGAUUUAGUAAACAUUUGCACCUAAAUAGAAAGUGAGGAACUUACAGUCCUCUUUGCUGUCAUCAGAGGUUCUUUUAUGAAUUCCAAGAGGUCAAUAAAAAUGGUUUGACAUAAAAAAUGUUCAGUUCAUGUUGACAAGAGGAUGUCCACCACCUUCUCUGGUUCAGUUGAGUGCAUCGACUGCAUCAUUGGAGAAACUUCUUGAGUAAAUCCGAGACUGUACAGUGAUAUACUUCAAAUCUUUCAAGAAAUUGACAAAAUGGUGUAAGAAGAUCUUUGACCUAAACGCUGUAAGAUUUUACAGAUAUUAAAAGCUAUGCGACAGUGUGUGGGCUUUUUCUUUUACUUCUAUCAAAAUGUAGUCAUGUCAGUUUGUCUGAAAGAACACAACACGUUCGGAUGUCUUACGCACGAUUUACACGUGGUCGGGAGAAGGUGUAAAUUUUGUUUGUACCAACUAACGUUUUGAAAAUACAAAAACUUUCAUGAAUCUGAAAAUUUAAGUCAGACCGUCUUCACAAACGAUUUACGUACACAAAAAUGAAUUCUACUUGUGUUUCAUGAAUGAGGCCCAUUGUUAUUAGUUCAUAAACACUUACUUUUUGCUCUGUUUAUUACACAAUGUUAUCUUAACAUCAAAACACUUUUUCUAUAGCACAUGACUCAUAAAUUAUUUGCAUUUCAUAACCAACUACAUUAACAAAAUUGUUCAAGCCCAACCAAAUUGCACGGUAGCUCGACUGAUAGAACGCUGCACUUGUGAUGCAAAGGACGGGGUAGGAAUCCUGAAGAACACAGUUCUGGGAGGAUAUGAACUGAGUGGUGAAUAAAAGAUGACAGAACUACUAGGGUAUUUUUGAAUGAACUAUUUUGGGUGAUUUAAUGAACUCAUUAGCUCUGCAAACAGUAUGUGUGUCUUGUCAAUGCACAACAUACAGUAUUUGUGACCUAUUGUCUUGGAAAAUAAUGGGAGCUGGGAUAAGCUACAGUAUUUAGGAAGGAAAGUGCUGUUGAUUGAACUACAUCCUAACAAGCAUCACCCUCUGGAAACUGUGCCAAUUGUUCCCCAUUUGUGUCCCAUACUCAUAAAAUAAAAGGGAAUUGAAAUGAGUCAAAUCUUUUUUCUUUGUAAUGCAAGAGUUUUAUGUUCAAAUGUUUCAUCUGAAUAUCAGACAAUUUGCAUGCCCCUAUUCAUAAUCAUUACAUUUCAAUGGGAUGUGUGGAAUUGUAAAAAAAAAACUAAAUUUAGCUUUCCUAUUUUUAUGUUUUUUUGCAUUUUCUGUGAAAACACAGAAUUUGUCUGUCACCCCAUUAUGCUAGGACAUUUUCCCUUUUCUUUUUUAACCAUGUUUAAUUUUUCUGGCAUCUUAUUUUAUGAAGUGGCCAAAUAAUGUUUUCUCUCUUUUUUGACCACAUGGUUCAAACAGAGUCUUUUUAUGAGCCAGUUGUACAGUCUUUAUCAAUAGUUUAUGAUGUUUACACACGUAUCAGCCCUGCCAAGGUCAACAGUUAUCUGUUAUUGGAAGAAAAACAUAGAAAUCAAUUAUUUAUAGAAUUUGUUUUGGAAGAAUAUUGGUUGAAAAUACAGUUAUGCACAGUAGUGUGGUGUGAUCAUAUUUGCUAGCUAAGGCUGUCCUUAGGCAUUUUUGCAUUGAUCUUAAACCCCAAACUGUCAAUGUCACAGGUUUGACACAAAACAUGUUUUGAAAAGGAAAUGUUAUUUUAGUUUUGAUUAUAAUGUUUGAAUUUUCCAGGUUCAGAACAAGUUAAGCUCAAUCGACAGCAUUUGUGGCAUAAUGUUGAUAACCACAAAACAAAAAUAAAAAAAUAUUUAGACCCUCUUUUUCUUUAAUCCUUUAAGCUCUGAAGGUUUUUUUUUUUUUUUUUUGAAAGAUUUCCUGUUUCAGUGCA